AUGAAAGUCGAGGUACCCAUGGCAAUGCACUGGACUGGACAGUCAGACCUCUCUACCGACCACGCCAGCUUGAGCAACGCGAACUACCACUUGCCUCACCAAAUUGGCAUAGCCCAGGGAGACCUUUUCACGUACGCCCAGAACGGCAUGUCAUACAACGACAACUGCAACAUCCCCUGCGCAUCCCAGUACCAAAGGGCGAAUUUUCCACGCUCUUACCAUGGCCUCAACAUCAAUGGUCUGCCCGAGGAUAUCAACAUGUCGGAGUCGUACCCUCCUGCAGUCUAUCAAAUCGAGCCCCAAAAGAACUGCGAUGCAAUGUCGGACUAUGAAAUGAACGAACAUCUUAUGCAGAUGAGCGAGGACUACGAGCACCACUAUGCACCGCAUUUGAGGCGUGAGGAGCCCACCGGAUACAACAGCCCAUACUCAGAUAUGACACGAGCUUCCACACCCAGCAGUGAAUCACCAAACUACCUUCAUGAUCUCGACGGGGGAGACGAGCCCAUCGUCGACAAGGAGCAACCGUAUGCACAGCUCAUAUACCAGGCACUUCGCCAAGCUGAUGGCCAUACUAUGAUACUACGCGAUAUCUACGAAUGGUUCGUCAAAUACACCGACAAAGCAACUGUAUCCGAGACCAAGGGCUGGCAGAACAGCAUCCGGCACAAUCUCUCCAUGAACGGGGCAUUCGAGAAGGUCGAACAACCCUGUGAAGAGUCCCGCAAGGGUUUCAUGUGGCGCCUCACCAAAGAAGCGCUUCGUGAAGGUGUCAAAUCCACCACCCGCUACCGCUCCAAGCAGCCCAACAAGCGCGGCAACCGUCAGCACCCGCAACCCCAACGCCAAGCCAGCGGUGCAAAAGGCGGCCAGGCAGCCCGUCGCUCGAAGAACCUGCUGCGCUCCAAGCGCAUCCAGGACCAGUACCGCAGCGAGCCCUACGCCGCGCGCUCCGUCCCGCCUGCUUUCCAUCCCGGGUACGCCAACGCUCACACUCAGGCCUAUCCCCCGUCGCCAUACUACGGCUCCGACAUGGAGUACGCUUAUAAUCCCGAGACUCACAAGCACAACAACGGUCUCGACCUGUUCCCGCCAAGCCAGCCGAUGAUGGUGAGCGAUAGCGGGUAUGUCCUCGUGCAGAGCCCGAACGAGCCGUUGUUCACGGACAGCCCGACGCCGAGCGCUGAUGAGCCGAUGACGCCGAAUAGCGUGGCUGCUGGCUGGAGUGAAUUUGAUGUUGGUGCAAGCUGGGAGGAGGGUGGUAUGGGUAUGGGCUUUCAGGGGUAUGCUGGUUGA